AUGCAAUCUCUGGUCCGCCAAGUGUUCUUGAAGAGCCACGUAGAGAAAAAAAGAUACGAAGCUGGGACCAUUAAAUCGUACCUGAUGAGUCUUCGUCAUUUUUAUACGUUUCUCGUAUCGGACAGGCCAGAAAAUUUUAAUUUUGACGUUGAAGAAGUAAAUGCUGCUAGAGAAAAAGUAAAGUUGUGGUCGGUGUCAUACAAGAGGGAAUCGAGCGAACGGAAAUGGCAAAAACUUCAAGAAGACAUGUUGAAUCGUCUAACUCCAGGAAAUAUUUGGAGUUUUGAGAAAAGUCAGACGGCGAGAGAAGCAGUCAAAAUAAUCGGAAAGCAUUCAGACAACUCACAAACAACGGUAGUCACGCAGCAGAGUUAUACCUUGGUGCGAGAUUUCCUCUUCACACAAAUUUUUAUAGACAAUGCUAAUCGUCCUGGCGUUCUUGCUGGCAUGACCAUUGACGAAUAUAAAAGAAUGACGAAGCAAGAUGAUACCUACAUUAUAACGGUACUCAAACAUAAAACCUCACACGUUCAUGGCCCAGCUCGUCUAGUCUUGAGUUCAAAAUUAAAGUCUUGGCUCUCGGUAUUUGUUGAGGUGAUGCGACCACAAAUCGCAAGUGCAACGUGUGGAAACGUGUCUGGGCAUAUAACAAAGGCUGUGCAGUCAGUUUUUAAGAAGAGUGGAAUCAAUGUCAAAGUCACAUCGACAUCGUUCCGGAAAGCUGCGGUGACGGCAGUUCAUUCUGGCAAACCUACAUUCAGCGGAAAACUAGCUCGUCAUAUGGCUCACAGUGAAACAACUGCUAAAAAAUAUUAUCUCCUGACAGAAAAAACAAAGGAAUCGGUGGAAACAUCAAAGGAACUUGGAGAGUUAAUGAGGUGUGAUGGUGAAGAGCAACAGGAUUCGGGUAAAAAGGGCGACAGUGAAACCAGGGACAAAGAGGACACUGCUGGCGAAACAGAGUGUGCAACAAAUCAGAAGGGCGAAUGGAACGACAGUGAUUUUGAGAAAGUCAGGACAAUAUUUGGAAAAGACAUCGCUGCGAAAACAAUAACAAUGGAACGUGUUCGCGAGGGUAUUGAAUCCAACGAAGAACUUUAUGGUAUGUCACCUCGACGGAUAUAUGACAAAAUUAGAAAAACGAUAAACAAAGAAUCGGCAUCUUUGCAAAAUAUUCCUGAGCUGCCCCAAACUUGUGAAUCGUUGGAGGAUAAGCUUCAACGCUUUGAAGAAUGUAGUGAGACUGUCGAUGAAGAAUUGUCCAUAAGCAUAAUUCAACCCAGCGAAAGGAACAGUAAUUUUACUAACGAGGAGAUGAAUUCUCUUCAAAAGAUGUUUAAAGACAUGAUCACUGAAGACAAAAAGAUCUGUCGCAUCGAAAUCGAGAAGAGAUUGUCUACAAACAAAGAAGGAGAAAAUAUUUUGAAGAAACUAUCGGUUCAGAAAGUAGUGAAUCGCAUUAAGUAUGAAAGACGAAAACACAGGCAACAACCAAAAUAA